AUGAGUAAUAUUAAUAAUAAUAGUAAUAGUAGUAUUACAUCUACAACUACAACUACAACCACAACUAAUAAUAAUAACAAUAAUAACAAUAAUAACCUAAUACAUAGUGGUAGUAUUGGUAAUCUUCGAGAAAGUGUUGGAAUAGGAGCAGCUAGACUUCAACAACAACAAUCUGGGUUUAGAAUAGAAGAGCAAUAUAUAAAGAAUUUAUUAGCAAAUGCAAAGGAUCCAAAGAAUCCUCAAUUUUCAGAUAUAAUACAAGUUUAUGAAAAAACUUACUGUUGUAACGAUCGGUGGAUUAUCAAGUUGCUCAAUUUCCUCAUUGGCUGUGAGCGUGACAGCGAUGUCAUUGGCGAGGUCGCUAUCACUCUCCAGAUCCUGGCGUUCUUCUCGAUCACCCCGAAAGAGCUGAAAUACAUGUUCCGUCUGCUCGAGUCGGUCAACGAGGAACGUCCUUUCUACUGGAGCGUUCUGGUUGAGCUACUCGAGUACAUAUUCCGUCCGCGCGAAGGACCCGAUUGUUACUUUAAUUUCGGCAGCGACGCCGGUGGCGGCGGUGGUUUGAUGAUACCGGAGAAGGCGCCGUUCGACGGUGGCUACACCUUUAGCAUGUGGAUAAGCAUCGAUGACUUCAAGGACAUGCGAUACUCGCCCAUUCUCUACAGUUUCAAUACCGACGACGACAAUGUCGGCCUGGAGUGUUACUUCCAGGGAUUCUCACUGGUCUACAUCAUCAAGACCAAGAACAAGACGGCCACACAGAAAUCACAGUUUGUUUUCCAUCCGAAACGAUGGUAUCACAUCACUAUUUCGCACGAGUAUUUCAUGCUGCGAAAGAGUCAGUUGUCGUUCUAUGUCAACGCGAAGCUGGAGGAGAAGAUUCCUCUGCUGUAUCCAAAGACCGAUCGGCCGUACACCCGGUGCCACAUCGGUAAUUCAUCGUCGUUCAAUGCAGGAUUCAUCGGAAGAAUGGGUGCCAUUCUCAUGGUUAAUGAAGCGCUCACACAACCAGAGAUUCACAGUAUCUAUUCGAUGGGUAAAGACACCAGUUUGAUGCUCGAGAAGCUGCCACGUGAAGGAGCGAUCGGUAUCUAUAAUGGCGAGCUAUUCUUGGAGUCGCGGAAGAACAUCCCGGUGCUGUUUAUGUACUCACCGAAAGCCACUGACAAAGCAUUGUGUUUCGAGAUAUCCAGUGGUGAACUGCCGAAUGCCGCAACAAUGGAGUGCGUCAAUGUCAUUAAAACUACAUCGCCUAUUGAUCAGCUACUGUAUGUCGGUGGAAUCUCAAUGAUCUAUCCACUGUUUGCACAACUUGGACAUCCUGUCAAUGGAAUGGAGACACGUCCCGCUGACAUCACCGAUCAAACCGCAAUAACAUCCACUUUUAUCGAGUACAUAUCGAUACCCAACAACUCGGCGACACACGCACCACUCGCCAUUUUCCCACGACCUAUUUAUCUUGGUCAUCCAGGAAUACUGUUCCGUCUACUCACCACAAUUAUCGAAUACAAUCCCGUUUAUCGCGAGCAAAUCAUUGAAACCAAAGGUUUCCAAACUAUAUCUUUUCUACUGAUGUCAUAUCCCAACUCCUCACCAUAUUGGACACCGGACGAUAUUGAAACAGUUGGAAGAUUAUUAUCUUUUUGUAGUUCAAAUCAACAAUUAUGGACGUUGGCAAUUGAAUAUUUAAUUGUAAGGAAUUUCCAGGUUUGGUCAAAUACUCAUCCUCUGACACAAAUGGCACUGUUUGAAUCGAUUAGACAGAGAGUGAAGGCAAAUACACAUUUCUGGAGGAACAAUGUCAAGGUUGAACAAUGGUUGGAUAUUCUGAGGCGUUUCUAUAGUUUGGAUUUCGACUUUAUGGAGUUGUCUACUCAUUCCAAUUUGCAUCCUCACGUUGAAAGAGUAAAGAAAUCACGUUCUCAAAUCAUUGUGAUCCUUCGAGAGUCUUGCAAUCCGAUAUUCACACUUGCCGAGACACGUCAUAUUGCUCUCUAUCUGAAGGAAUCAACCGUAGACAACCAAGACGAUCUCACAAAGAUGCUUGAGGAUAUGAUACCAGCCAUCCAUGUGAACAACGCCAAAGAUGUAUUGUUUGGUGAGAUUGUUGAUGAGCCACGCACUAGACAGCUUCUCCCAACACAACUUCCGCUUCCAAAGCAUCUUUCCUACCUCUGGGACAUCGACGGCCUGGAAGAACUACAGAAACGACAGGAUCAAUUGAAUCAAGAUCAAAAAGACCAGUAUCUACUCUACAGACACUGGAUCAAACUGAGAAGAAGAAGAGCAGGUACUCUUAGCGGUGCCAAAGUCAGAAGGACACUGUUGGAUUCUCAGCAGCAACAGACUACACCUGUAUCUAUUGUUUAUCGAUUGAAAGAGCUUGGCAUUCCACAUUCAUCUAUUACCAUGGCAAACAGCUUGAGUUCCGGAAUGACAUUUUCACCGAUUGUACAAUCUCCAGCGACUUCUCCACCGUUGUCACCAUCAUCGUCACCACCGAAAGAAGGCAGUGGACCGCUCAGCAACAAGGCAAUGUCUCCACCUUUGAGUCCAAAUGCAAGCACCAGUAAUAUGAUGAUAGGCAACAACACUUCCAUCAACACAGUUCCAGAGAUUGAACCGGAAGAUACAACCGUUAUUCAUUGGAAAUUAGACAGAUCCGAGGGACCACUCAGAAUGAGACGUAAACUUAAGCGAAAUUAUUUGGGAUCCGAUUACAAGGGCGUUUCGAAACAAAACAAAUUCGGUCGUAAUCGUCGUGCCGUUUUAGAUGUUUUUUCAAAUGAUAAGGAAAAAUUUUUUAUCGAUCAAGACUGUGGAGAUGGACUUGGAAACAUCAUUAUCAAGAUUCAACUAGAUCCACCACUUAAUCCCCAAACCGUUUUAUUUAAAGAGAAAGAGUUUUUAAAUCUUUCAAAUUUAAAUUCACAAUAUUCAGAUAACAACAACAAUAAUAAUAAUAACAGUAGUAAUAAUUAUAGUAGUAGUAGUGGUAAUAUAUCAAGUCCAACAAAGAUUGAAUCAUUCUCUCAGUUGAUACGUACACCCAGUAAACAAACCAUUCAAUAUCAAUCACCAUCUUCUUCCUCUGCUUCCUCACAGAUAAUCAGUGGUAGUGGAAACAAUACCAUUCGAAGUAGUGAUGGUGUUGUCAUUAGAGACCCAUCGGUGGAAAAGGUGGUCGCUGUCUAUCACUGUGGAAUGGUAACUCCAGUCGGUGUUAUCAAUGGUAAGCUUACCAUUACAACCGUACAUAUACUGUUUGAUAAGGAAAUCAAAUACGAUCGCAAUGGACAGGUCAUUCUAGAGUCGGAUCACGGAUGUGUUCGUAUAAAGAACUACUAUAUCCUCAAGGUUAAGGACCUGAUGGAAAUACAUCGUCGUCGUUAUCUCCUCCGUUGGAAUUCACUCGAGAUCUUUUUGAACUACAAGAGCUAUAUGUUCACCUUUAACAGUGACUCUGAGUCAGUGUCGGCGUUCAACAAGAUCGCCAAUCUUCAUCCACCACAGAUGAAAGUGAAAUGGUCAGAGUCUCCUGCCAAGAUUGCAAAACGACUCAAGAUUACACAACGCUGGAAGAAUCGUGAGAUUAGCAAUUUCGAGUAUCUCAUGAUGCUGAAUACCAUUGCCGGAAGAACCUACAACGACAUUUCACAGUAUCCAAUAUUCCCACAGGUUAUUGCAGACUACCGCUCGGAACAGCUCGAUCUGAACGAUGAGAAAUCGUUUAGAGAUCUCUCCAAACCGAUUGGAGCGUUGAAUCAACAGAGACUUGAUACUCUGAUUCAACGUUACCACUCGUUUAAAGAUCCAGAUAUUCCGCCGUUCCUCUAUGGCAGUCAUUAUAGUAACUUUGGAAUCAUUGCUUAUUACAAUGUGAGACUGGAACCUUUCACAUCGUAUCACUUGUCGCUUCAAGGUGGUGUAUGGGAUCAUCCUCAGCGUAUGUUUGAAUCGAUAGAAAAGAUGUGGGACGGUGUCGUCAGUGCCAAUCUUGCCGACGUCAAAGAGUUGACACCCGAGUUUUUCUAUAUGCCCGAGUUUAUUAGCAAUAGCGAAUCGUUCAACUUUAACUUUGCGCACAAUCCAAACGGUGAUUUACUACUGCCAAAGUGGGCUCAUCAAUCACCGGAACUCUUUAUUCAAAAGAAUAGAGAGGCUCUAGAAUCAGAGUAUGUCUCGAUGCAUCUGCACCAGUGGAUCGAUUUGAUUUUCGGUUACAAACAGACCGGUCAAGCUGCUAUCGACUCGAACAACGUAUUCUUUUAUUUGACCUAUGAGAAUAACUCUGCGCUUCAGAAGGAGGACCCCGACGAGCGCCGCUCUGUUGAAUCGCAAAUCAAGGAGUUUGGUCAAACACCUCCACAGGUAUUCAGCAAACCACAUCCACCCAGAAAGUCACUGCAAGAAUUGAAUCGUCCUCAAAAGGAUAUUCUCACCAAAUUUGCCAAUUUGUUCCCCAAUGCACUGAAGGAACCGCUUCAACAACAAUUGAAUGCCGAUGUUGCUGCUGCCGCAGCGAACUCUGCAUCUGGAGAUCAACAACAGUAUCCAUUCAAGAUACUGAAAACCAACAGUUGUCUUCCUUUGGUUCACAUCGGCGCAUCGUCAGAGAGUGACACCAUUGUAUUGGUCUACAGAGAUGGUGUGCUUGCAGUCAACCAAUUCGUUCCGACACCAUCCAACAAUCUUCCAUUCACAUUUGAUAUCGAUAAGACGCUCUCCACCUACAAGGAGAAACAGAUCGACACUCUUUUCAUGUCGGACUCGGUCACUUGUAUUUCGAAUUGUUUUGCUAUGACACCGGAUGGCAAGUUUCUGUUUAGUUGUGCCAACUGGGACUCGAUAUUCAAGUGUUGUAACAUUCAAAAUGGUAAAGUUCAUCGUAUGUAUCGUGACUAUCAUCGUGGAAUGGUUACCUGUAUGGCAAUGGGAUCGAGUGGACGUACACUCGCGACAGCAUCGAUAGAUACUACCAUUUUGGUGUGGGACGAUGUCUCCAUGUUGAUUCGUGAUGCAAAAACCAAACCAGCCUAUCGUCUCUGUAGUCACGAUGAAGCCGUCCACUGUUUGGAUGUCAAUGAGGAGUGGGAUCUCAUUGCAAGUGGUUCGCAAGACAGAAAAUUAAUUCUCCAUACCCUACGCACUGGUAGCUAUGUUCGUACGAUGUCUCACAAGGGUGCAGUGGAAAUUGUCAAGAUCUCAACGGUCGGACAAACCAUUAUUUCCUAUUGCUCAAUGUCCUACCUCUACGUGCAUUCGUUCAACGGCAAGCUCUUACACAUUGAGCAGUGCGAUGAAAAACUCUAUGACAUCAAACUAACGGGUGAAUCGAUUAAGAAGGGUGGUGUUUUAGGUGUUGGCGAUGAUAUACAAUAUUUGGUUACCGGUGGGACAAGAGGUGUCAAAGUAAGAAGUCUUCCAGAUCUUACGGUUGUUCAUAGUUUCGAAAGUCCGACUACCAUCAGAACCAUUGCUUUGGUUGCUCAUGAAAAGUACAUGAUGAUAGGACUCAACGAUGGAAAUUUAGUUAUCAUACCUUUUGAAACUGCAUCUUUUUAA